AGGCCCCCUGGAGCUGGGCAGAGCCCAGAGCUGCAGCCCAGAUCACCCAGAAUCCAUGGCUCAACUUUCUGCCCAGAGGCGCAUGAAGCUGAUGGCCCUACAGCUGCUGCUGUGGCACAGCGCACUAUGGUCAGGACAAGAGGCCAUUCCCCUGGUCACUGUCAGUUCUCUGCCACCAUCCCUGGCUUUGCCCCGAAGCUUCCUGCUUAAGUCCUUGGAGCAAGUGAGGAAGAUUCAGGCCAGUAGCUCGGGGCUGCUGGAGCAGCUGUGUGCCACCUACAAGCUGUGUCACCCCGAGGAGCUGGUGCUGCUUGGCCACUCUCUGGGUAUCCUGAAGGCUCCCCUGAGCGGCUGCUCCAGCAAGGCCCUGCAGCAAAUAAAGUGCCUGAGCCAACUCCACAGCGGGCUCUUCUUCUACCAAGGGCUCCUGCAGGCCCUAGCGGGCAUCUCCCCUGAGUUAGCCCCCACCUUGGAUAUGCUUCAGCUGGACGUUGCCAACUUUGCCACCACCAUCUGGCAGGAGAUGGAAAACCUAGGGGUGGCCCCUACUGUGCAGCCCACCCAGAGCACCAUGCCAGCCUUCACUUCUGCCUUCCAGCGCCGGGCAGGAGGUGUCCUGGCUACUUCGUACCUGCAGAGCUUCCUGGAGAUGGCUCACCAGGCUCUGCACCACUUGGCCUAGACCUGUGUAGAAAGCCCUUUCCAGAUAGUUUAUUUAUCUCUAUUUAAUAUUUAUGCAUAUUUAAGCCUACUAUUUAAAGACAAAGAAGAGAAAAUGGAGCUCCGAGCUUCUAGAUCCUCCUCUCCACUUCUGAGUUUUGUUCUCCUGCUUGGAGCAGAGAGAAGGCUCUUGCGUCCUCCUGUGGAGGGCAGGGAAGGAGAUAGGUAAAUACCAAGUAUUGAUUCCUGCUGAUGCUCCCGACACCCAGUUCUGUGGUGGUACCCAAAAAAAUCAGUGAGCUCCACUGUGCUGAGGCACUAGUCUCCGGGGCCCAGGCAGCAUCUGGUGGUCUCCCUCCUGGGGGACAAGAUAUCCCUGUUUAAUAUUUAAACAGCAGUGUUCCCAAACUGGGUUCUUACAUCCCUUGCUCUGGUCAACCAGGUUGCAGGUUUUCCUGUCCCCGUAGGAAUGAAGUCCCUAAAGAAACAGUGGUGGCCAGGUUUGGCCCUUUAAUUGGCUGGAUUCUUUUUUUAGGGCCUUGCUGGCCUGGAACUUGGAGUGUAGGAGGGAAAGGUGGGAGGAAGCCUGUGGGGAGUGCACGACAUGGAGGAAGGCCUACCUGUCUACCCUCCCUCUCUACCCCACGUUACUGUAACCAAGCUUGCGGAUAAUAAAGUGUUUGUGUCCAGUA